GCGUGUGUAUACAUGCGAUGGUUCCGAUUCGGGGAUCUCGUACGCGCUCGAUGGUCGAGCAUCGUCGCGCACACGUCGCCGCACCUAUGUCGGGCGGCGCCGCGAGAUCGGCGAGCACCGCCACCCAUUAACGACGACACUCCCGUCGUGCCCGUCGUGUUUCGCGAGGAAGACGUUCGGUCGACGGAAACGACCGGCGGAGACCAAGUGGCGGUGUGUGUCUCAGUGAUCAAUGAACUCUGAUUGACGCGUGUCGAGGCGUGUGCAGUGUUAGGAGCACACCAGCGGCGACCCGGCGAACAUAAUGACAUAAUACAGAUUUAUCGAUCGAACGCUUUGAGAAAGCACGUAUUAACAGUCGCUCCGUAAAGUAAAGUAAAUGACCCAAAAUGAAUGAUAUAGAAAGUUUUGGCAUGAAGGGAGCUGGGUCAAAGAUGCCUCACAGUCAUUCGACUCCAGCUGGUGUGGAUGGAGGUAGUAGAACACCUCCUACAACACCAAGAAAAGCUGGAAAAAUGCUCGCAGUUCGUGUACAGAUGUUGGAUGACUCUAUUACAAUGUUUCAAGUGCAGGCCAAAGCACUAGGCAGAGUGUUAUUCGAUCAAGUUUGUAAGCAAUUGCAUCUGUUGGAAGCGGAUUACUUUGGUCUCGAAUAUCAAGAACCGAAUUACACAAGAUAUUGGUUGGAUUUGGAGAAGCCAGUGUGCAGACAAGUUGGUCUAUCUCUAAUUGAUCCUUUGUUGAGGUUCUGUGUUAAAUUUUAUACGCCAGAUCCUGCACAGCUCGAGGAAGAGUUUACAAGAUAUUUAUUCUGUCUACAAAUCAAACGAGAUUUAGCUCAAGGUUUAUUGCAAUGCAAUGAUAACACGGCAGCAUUGAUGGCUAGUUAUAUCGUUCAGGCUGAGUGUGGAGAUUAUGUCAUAGAAGACUAUCCAGAUCAUACAUAUUUAUCAACAUAUAAAUUUGUGCCUCAUCAGGAUCAAGAGUUAGAGCGACGUAUUAUGGAGAAUCACAAAAAACAUGCGGGCCAAUCUCCUGCAGAGGCAGAUCUCAAUCUUUUAGAGACAGCUCGACGUUGCGAACUGUACGGAAUGAAAAUGCAUCCGGCUAAGGAUCAUGAAAACGUUCCGCUGAAUCUCGCAGUGGCACAUAUGGGCAUUGUGGUUUUUCAAAAUUAUACUAAGAUAAAUACAUUUAGUUGGGCCAAAAUCAGAAAAAUCAGUUUUAAACGGAAACGUUUUUUAAUCAAAUUGCAUCCUGAGGGCUAUGGUUAUUAUAAGGAUACAGUCGAGUUUUUCUUUGAGACGCGGAAUGAGUGUAAAAAUUUUUGGAAAAAGUGUGUAGAGAAUCAUGGUUUCUUCCGUUGCACUGUAGUUAAGAGAGUUGUAAGACAAAAAACUAGAGUGCUUAGUCGAGGAUCAUCCUUCAGGUACAGCGGCAAAACUCAAAAACAAAUCGUUGAAUUUGUUCGGGAUAAUUAUGUGAAGAGGCAGACGUUUCAAAGGUCCAAUUCGUUCCGGCAGACUAGCGGUGGUAGGGCAUUGCAGGGCUCGGAGGGGGGAGGCUAUCGUGGGGCCACUCCGAGCAGCUCCCUUAUGGGCAGCUCCAGCAUCUCUGCCCACCCCCUCCUGCCCCUCGGCGAUCCUGCACUGGCAACCCCAGCUCUGUCUCUGUCAUGCGGCUCGAUGACACUGGAUUCUCCGACGACUGUGACGAGUGUCUCGAUGGGCGGGACGAUUCACCGUCGAGAAGACACAGCUACAUCGUUUCGGACGCUCACCUCUAUCGACGUCCAUUCGCCAGCCACCCCCAGCCAGGCCCCAGUACAGCGGCCGAUGCUUGCUAUAGCACAGCGGACUUCAUCAACAGGUCGUAUCAGCCCCUCUAACAGCAGUCCCCCUGAAUUCCCACCACCACGACCUCUGCCCAGGCACCCCUGGCAACGGUCGGCUAGUUGUCGCGAGCUGUACGCUUCUAGUUUCGAGGACUCCGGUAAAGCGCGGCCGCGGGACGAUAAGGUCACCGCGGAGCCCCCGUUAGACCCAUUCCAAUUAGCCUCCCAAGGUGAACUAGACAACCCCAUAACACGUUAUGACGAGAGUAAUCGUUCGUAUAGCGCCGCUAGUUCGAAAUUACCUUCCUUAGAUCACGAUUCUGUCCCCGAGCGUGUCUACAGCAGUUCCUACCCGGGAACGUCGUCGUUGUCUACCGAAUCGGGCCAUGAGGAAUCGGGUCCCGCCGGAGAUCUGUCGCAUGACGAUCUCUCGCACGAUUCUUACGAGCUUUUGGAACGCGAGCAUGAAUUCGAGUACCCGGAAUCGUAUUCUAGUCCACACGACGAACCAAUAUCCGAUCAGAGCGACGAGGGAAUCGAGCACGAGAUGUUCCAAAUGGACUCCGAGACCGAUUCCUUCGUCAAGCACAGAUCGCUCAGGUCUUCUGAGAAGCAACAAUAUAAAUCCGCACUCACCGAUCUUAAGCAUUCUAGAGCCAAGUCCAUCGAUCGGUACUCAGCUGUAUCCAAAAUGGACGGUGAUUUCGUCAUCACCGAGUCCAGGAUACAUCGGUCGGGCACGCAGAUAGAGCGCAAGUUUGAAACGAGACACGCCAAUUCCGUGGAGCAGCCGUCCAAGACGACUGUUCCGCAUCAGGAUUCCGCGCGAAAGGAUCCCGUUAUCUUACAGAUGCAGAAGCAAAAGGUUUCCGUUUUAAACGAACUGAAGAACUUAAAGCCAAAGUACAAGAUCACCCAUGUAGACUCGGAGGUCUUGCGAGACGAGGGUAUUAUGCGUCCCAAGUCGCGAAUAGAUGACGAUCUAAGCCCGGUGGAGGGAAAUAAUAAGACCGUGUUCGAUCAAAGCGCGAGGGGUAGGACGACCAGAGCGCGCAGUAUCGCCAGCUUGGACGAUCAUUCGCCGCGAUUGUACGUCGAGACAGGUAGCUUAGGUCGCGGGCACAAGUCUAGAGAUAGAAAGUCGCGGGACGCCGACGUCAAGAUCGAGAAAGUUUUGUCGAAAGAGCGCAGGAGUGUCGAGAGGGAAGAACGAAAGCGAAUCGAGAAGGAUUAUUCGAGAGAUUGUAGACGAGUAGACAAGAGCGAUUCGCGGGAACGUCGUUCGGUGGAUCGGCUCGAUUCGCGCGAGCGGAGUCACGGUCGGCGCGGUAUAGAUUUGCGCGAAUUACGUAGGAGCAUCGAGCGGCUCGAUGUGCGCGAGAGGAGUUACGAGCACUUGGACUCGAGAGAAAAGAGUGCCUUUUAUUACAAUGAUUUAUAUGAAUCGCGCGGCAAGAGCGUCGAUCGUUUAGAUUCCCAAGGGUUGCGCAGCAGCAUGGAAUAUCUAAAGAGUCCUAGAAGUCCGAGAAGUCCGAGAAGUCCCUAUCGGCAUUCGGAUGCGCGCAGGGAGAAGAAUAUCGAUCGAAACGAUUUCCGAGAAUCGAGAAAGAGCAGAGCGGCUUCUAUCGACUACGGUCAAAGGCAUACGUUGGAGCGCUUCGAUUCAGGCAAUAGAAGUCCGUUCGAACGGUUGACUCCGAAGGAACAACGGCGAAUGAGCAUCGAAAGACUGGACUCUCAAAAGUUCGAUUUCGACCCGCGAGCGAUCGAACGCUUAAAAUCUUUGGAAUAUUACGAACAGAGAGACCGAGCGUGCGAAAGAAAGAUCGAAUCGAGAAGCGCCGAACGAAAGAGCCUAGAGAAAUUGGAUUCGCGAGAACGAAGAUACUUGGGACGCUUGGAGUCGCGAGAGGGCAGAAGCCUCGAGUGUCUAGAUUUUGACAGCGCGGAACGUAGAAAGAACAUCGAGUACAGAGAGCCCAAGAGGAGCAGAAGCAAACCCGAGAAAGGCAAGUCGGACGAAAAGCCGCGGGAACGCGACGACUGGAGGAGCUUGGAGAAAGCGCGAAAGGACAACGAGAGACGAGAACGCGAACGACAGGCGAAACUGUCCAUCGAGUCGCGCACGGAGACUGUUAUCGGCGUGCCGCACGAGAUGGAGAAUUUAAAGCCUAAAGCCGUGUUCGCCGAAUACGAGCCGAAGGUUGUCGGCGGCGUCGUGCUAGGUUUCGAAGAGACCGCGUUGCCCGGACACAUACCAGUGGAACGUACGAAGAGCGAUCCGAAUCCGGCGCGGCAAAGAUUGGGAUCCAACAGCAAGCGACACAUGUUAAUGCACCAGAAAUCCAUAGAUUUGACGCCAGCCGAUUCCGGCGACGAGGAACCGUUCUCGGAUAGCGCAGCAAUACAGAAAACUAACAUCGACAUCCCGUACACGUUGCACAAGAGGCACGUGAUGAACGGCACGGCGUCCGACGAAAAAUCCGAAUCGGAUAGUAGCAAAACUUCGAAGAACGUUAAGAGUAUCGCCAAGGAUUUACCGAAGCUACCGCUGAAAGUGGUGACGGACGUCUCGUAUUUCGAUCUAACCAAGGGGCUCUCUUCCGCAGAUAAGGCUGGCAAUAAAUUAUCUCCGGAUAAAUCUAAGGGCGGCGCGAUCACUAGCACGAAACCGAAAUCUAUAUUGAGCCCCUCGGACAAGCCGAAGAGUAUUUUAAGUCCGACAUCGAAACUAUCGCCUACAGAUCUAAAGAGCAUUGUCUGCAGCUUGUCGCCUACCAAGAGAAGCCCCUCGAAGACGAACGCAAAGACUCAAUCGCCCGAUAAGCUUUCGCCAAAGGGCGGUUCGUUGGACAGAAACAGAACCGAGGUUAUCAUCGAGGAUUACACGUGUAAGAAAUCUUCGAGUCUGGACAAGAAACCAUCAAAACUGUCGCCGGUCGAGGCGAAUGUUACCAUCAUCUCGGCGCUCGAGAAACGUUCGCCUAAAAAAUCACCGACAGAUCCUAAUGUAACUAUCGUCUCCGUGAUACAAAAGAGGAGAUCUCCGGACGGAGCGCCCAGAAGUCCAACCAAACCGAAAGGCGGUCUAAGUUUGGCCGACGUUGUAGGCAUGGAAAUGAAGCAAAAUCUGGAACGCAGGGCGAAAAUGGAGAAGGAUAGCUUAAAAAUGCCGGACGACAGUUUAGAGAAACAAGACAGCAUCGAGAAAAUGCCGCUACCCGAACUUCCUGGCGGCGGAAGGAUGGACGAUAUGGAGAAAGCGAGGCUCUCCGCAAUUCAGCAAGCGAUUCACUCACCGAAACGAAGCGCCGAUGAGCUAUCUAUAUCCGAUGACGAUCGAAGGAGAGAUAAUGUGCAAUCUGUAGUGGCCGAAGUUCACGCACCGGCUGUGACAGAAGUCAGAACAAAACCACCGAUUCCGGAGAAACCGAAGACACUGGAAAAACCGAGUAUUCCCGAGAAGACGAAACGCAUAUUAGAGAGAAUAGAAUCGAAAUUCUCGGAAGUAAGUAAAAAUUCCGCCACAAAAAUAUCGAGACCUAAAAUUAUCGAUACAGGAUUUGACGAUUUCGUAGAUCCGGUCGCCGAUUUGCCUUUGGACGAAGUGCCUGUGAAACCUGCUUUAGAGUUGGAUAGCCUUAAAGUUCCUGAAUUCGUUCCCUUCAUGCUGAGACCGCACGCGGAACCAUUGCGAUCAAAGUCUCUGUCGCUGGCGGAAGAGAAGGCGCCGAUCGACACUUUACUUUCGCCGGAGGUCGAGAACAAACACUUUGUGCAGGAUGUUUCGCCAAAGAGAGUGAAGAAAGUCAAGUCCGAGCCGAAGAAAGAUUUCAAGAAACAAUCAAAAUCGUUGGAGGGCGACAAACCACCGUUGAAAAAGAGCGCGUCGAAGGAGUCGCGUGCGCCAGUGGUGAGUACGAAAAUCGACAAGUCUAAGUUAAAGCUCGGCGAAAUGCCGCAAGAAAUUAUAAUAAUCGAUUCGACUGACGUUUCUCCGGAGAUAAGCAUUGUCCAGAAAGGCAGAUCAAAAUCCGUAACCAGAUUACCCGACAAAGCAUUCUCGACGUCAAAGGAGGAGAAAGAAGAGACGAAGAGCACUCGCGCGAAAUCUGCAUCUGUUGACGACGAAUUAAUUAAAGGCACGGUGAAGACUGAGAAAUCCAGACCGAAAUCGUUGGGAAUAUCGAAGAGCUUAGGAAGUACGGAGAAAAAAGAUUCGGUGGAGAAGAUAUCUCCGAAGAGAACUGCCGCCUCUAAAGCUGCGAAAGCGGAUUCGAAAGUCGAAAGUAAAUCCGCAAAGGACGCGGUGUCGAAAUCGCAGGAUUCGAAAUCGGCACGCGGUAAAGCGGGAUCGAAAACGGAAGCGAGUAGCGAGGAGACCGUCGAGUCGAAACAGCUCAGGCAGGAGAAAGAAUCUAAACCGUGUGUCAAACCGGAUGUAGUGAUUAAUCAGCCGACAGCCAAGCAAAUUGCAGCAGCGGAAGAAAGCAAGGAAUCAAGCAAAGAAGAGCGUAAAGAGAAAGAGAGCGCAAAGAAAACCGCGAUCACUCAAGAUUUAACACAAUCACCUUUGGUAUUGCGCAAGCCAGGACAAACGCCGAUAUUAUUCGCGCGACUCGGUCUCUCCGAAGGUAGCGGAAUCGGCGCGCUUCAACGUCAGGGCGCGACGCAGUCGCCGACUGCGCAACGACGCGCGAAAUCUCUGGACGCCGCGGUGAUCUCCGUACACAGACUGCCGCCGGCGAACGCGUUUUCCAGCAAGGACGACACAGUGGACGUGUCGGAGGCAAUGGAAGAUAACGCCGCCGACGAAGCCGCUGCGCAAGGUGCGAGCGCGAUAUCGAAGGCGCAAUCGUCACAACCGGAAGCCUCGCCGAAUCACAGAUCCGAUAGUACCGAUCACACGACCAUACCGGAGAUAUUCACCGAUUCUCUGUCCGUCACGGAAACUUCGGCGCAAUAUUUAGAAUCGCCGUUGACGGAGUGCAAUGAAAUCGUGACCUCCGUCGAUUUAGUACCCGACGAGCAGCAAGGUAGACACAUACCUUUUAUAGCUUAUAUUAACGGAAAUGAAGCAGUGGAGGCCACUAAAGUAGAAGAAGCAACGAAAUUCAUCGAUCAGAGUUCUGCGGAGUCCGGCGCUGAGCAGGAAGCAUCUGAGGAGAGUUCCGAGAUGAAAGGCGUGCCGAAAGAUGCUCAACUGGAUCAAACAGCGGUCUCGUCGAUCUUCGUGAAGACUGUUGUUAGUACGGAUAUUGUCGUUUGCAGCAUCGAAAGUCACGACGGGGAAGUGAGCACGAAAAUUGACGAGACAUCAACGGAGAAACCAUCGGAAGAGCUUCGUACAAAGGUCGAAGGUUCAAGAAGCCCGUCCGAGAGAGACGAUGUCCCCGAUGUAACUAUAAGCGCAGCUCGGGAAGACGAACGAUCUUUCUACAGUUUUUACGAUCAAGACGAUCCUCCAGAUAUGGUGAAAUCGCCGAUACAGAUAUCCAUCGAGGAAUGCUCCGACGAUGAGGUGAAUCUAGAGGACGAGGAGGAGGAACACGUGGAGAUACGAGAGUUAGAGAUCGACGAGCGGGAAGAAGAGGAAAACAAACGGCUGGAUUCUCUCGACACGAGCGAGGAUACGCUCGACGCGCUCGACACACAAGUGCAGAUGCGAGGCGUGGACAGUGAAAUGAGCUCGCCGGAUUACGGCGUCGAUAGGAUGGAUGAGAAAACGUUAGUCGAGGUCGAAUUAACGCCGGAAUAUCUGGAAAUGAAGCGGGAAGACGAGGAGACCGCGGAAGAUUUGCCGGAAGACGGACCGGUUAAGGAGACGGAAACCAUAGAAAUCGCGGACUCUAAUCGCUUGUCGAUCGACAGGAAGCUCCGGCUGAGCACCGAGCGCUCGAGAAGCGAAGAGACGAACACUUACACACCGGACAGGGAAGACCCGGACUCCAGUUCGUGCUCCAUCGCCCGGCCGUUGGGAAUCGGUCAGAUAGAGCCUAUUAUAGAUCGUCGAGAAAUCGCUGCGAUCGAAGGCGCUCGUAGCAGCGGUUCUAUGGAUGACGAUACCAGCAAUGAUUCGCAGCCGCCGCCGAAACAGGAAAUGAGUGCUACGUGGAAGUCGUUCCCGCAGGAAAGUUUCCGCAGCUCUAGUCUCGAAGAAGGCUGGAUGGCUCAGGAUGAGAACAACGCGCAGCAAUCGCAAUCCGAGGACAGCAACGGUCAGAACGAAGACAGUUUUCAAGAGGAUCUGGCUGAUUUUCCGGGCACUUUUAUCUAUCCGAUCGGACCCGAGAUAUUGGCCAAUUACGGCGCAUUCUCGCUUUCUCGCACGUUGUCGAGGAUAUCCGAGCGAUCCACCACGUCGGAGCAAGACAAAAGCGACUUGGAAGACUCUUUCAAACCCAGCUCGAGAUCGCCGAGCCUCGACGACGAGUCGUUAAUAUCGAGCGACCACCAGCCGUCUUUGUCGUCGGAUCCUCCGUCCGGUACGGCAUUGCCGUCCGUUUCCGAUGAUCGUAGAACAUCCUCCGAAUUGCCAGAUAUUCCUAUCGACGUUGUCGGCAUGCAGGACGACGACGCGAAAUCGCCGCGAACCACCAGAAGGUCACGUUUGCAGCUACAGAGUUCCGAGGACUGGCCGUCGCCGCCCAGUUCGCCGGUCUUCGAAACGCCGGUGGUGAGUCACGUAGAGACGUUUUAUAUGGAGAUCAAGCCGGAGGAAGCCGUCAAAGUCACUGUGACAGAUAGCACGGAGACGCCGGUUGCGGAGCACGACAGCGAUUCCAGCGAUGAGAAUCGGACGCUGCACGACGAUCUGCAUUCGACUCUUUUGGAGGACGGACAGAGCUCGACGUCCGCGACGGCCGACGGUACGGUGAAAAUCGCGGUGAAGCCGAAAUCGAAUUCAUACAUAACCGGCUCGUCGCACAGCGAAGACACGUCGAUGGGUCUGUCCAUGUCCGAAUGGUCCAGCUCGAAUAACACGGUGCGUCAAUUCUGUCAGUACUCCGGCACGAAAUCCGACGAUAACUCGCUCGCGGAACUCGGCGCGUCGAUUUCGGAUUGGUCGGGCAGCACGACGGUGAUACCGCAGCAAUAUUACGCCGCGGCGGACAAAAGUCAGAGCGACACCACGACAUCCGAGAGAAGUGCGACGAGCAUGAGACCGAAUUCCAAGUGUCAGACCGCCGACACCUCCUCUCUUCCCUCGCCGCCAUCCCCGUCCUCGAUGCCGCUACCUGUCUCGCCACCACUGCCUUCGCCGCCCGCGACGGAUACCUGUUCGUUUCAGCUCGAGGACGAAAUUGUCAGUGUCACGAUCGAGCACGACGUUUUGCAAGCCGAGACAAUCGAGGACGAUUUCCAUCAAGUUCGUACGCGCAGCGACGAGCUCGACGAAGCGCGGCGAUUCAUCGAGAGCCAGUUCGACGAGCAUCAUCGACUGCGUCGCUUCGAUGACGAACAACAGGGCACUUAUUCGGAAUUCACCGAUAUCUCACCGCCUCGCAUCACUCUGCGAAAUGAAUACGACGAAGCCAUCGACGAUGAUUUUCAAAUGGGCACGGAAGAAGAGACGCUCUGCAUAAGCGAUACGGCGUUACCGAUUCCCGAGGAGGAUGAAGAUCAAUUGUACGACAAUGUGCCCGCCAUGAAGUAUUCCAGCAGCGACAAAGUGCGGAUGGAGGUCGGUCGCGGCGAUAGCUCGGAAGACAUGCACGAGAAAUACGCCGAUCUCACGCUACAAUCGAGAGUAGCGGACGACGAUUGGUCCUCCGAGGAGCGGAAAGACGUUUCGGAUGGGAAAAGACCGACGAAAACGGGUAAAAUCGAUCGCGGUUUCUCGGAGCCGAGUCCGCACGAGACCGGCAGACGAUCCACCGAACGACCUGUCGUAGUACCGAUUCGAGCGAAGUCAACUCCGUACUACUCCACGACGAGUCUGAGCGGCGAGUCGACCACGUCCAGUCCGCCUAUGCAGAUCCGAACGCAGAUCAGAACGAAGACGAUGCCUUACUCGUCGAGUCGCAGCCCGCAAAGCGAGGGCGACACCUCCUCGAGCAUGGACAGUCCAGCGCACACGCCCGAUCGCGGUCAGAGAGCCUUCCGCCGGAAACGGCAGCAGAACGUUAAGAGACGACACCGCGUGGUGGUCGAUCUCGAGGUGAAAGACGGCCAUAUAGUCUCCAGCACCGAUUCCAGCUUCGACGUGGCGACCAUACCGCCGCCUCUGCUGACGGAAGGUCAGAGCCUGGACGACGACGAGGACGACGAGAUGUCCGAGACGAAGGACGAGACGGCACGUCGUCGUCAGCAGCAGCAGCAGCGUUGACACAACGACGGACGCUAAGUAGAAACGCCUGAGGCAGCGUGAUCGGCACCACGCUCGGAUUCGAGCUAGUAAGACUCGUAGGAAAGCUUCCAGCUGCGUGGAAUUGAGCACACACUAGAAUUGAUAGAUUUAUCGGCGCUGUGCGUCGGCGUUCUCGAACUUGUAUUCGCCGGACCGACGACUUGGCCUUUACAAGCGUUCUUGAUUCAACGACAGCGAUUGCUCAGCAGUGUCGCAUCAGGAGGCAAUCGAGACUUAUACGGGUAUGAUCGACAAAAAAAAAAGGGGGGACACCAACGACGGCAGAAAGAAAGGCAAAACCGAUACGUAAAAACGACGGAGACAUGUCCGUCGGGUUUUCCGGGCUAUGAGAAGUCCGAGCGAAUGAUCAAAAUCCGCGUGAAAGAAUUUAGCGUAAUAUCGUUAGGAAUACGGAUACGUUUGUUACACGUUUUAGAGACCCGGUUUACUUUGAUAUUAUCAUCACGAUAGCAUCCUUCGAUCCUUCCCUCUCCCUCUCCUCGUAGACGAGUACUUAGCGAGUAAUAAUCAUGCAUAACUCGGAAAACGAUAAUCUUAAUCAACACGAAUCAUCGGCGUGCACGCGCGCGACUCGUUAGAAAAAAAAAAAAGAAUACAGCCGCGUUACGCGCGACACGUUAUAUCCUAGUAAUAAUAAUGUAUAACAUUAUAAGAAUAGAAAGAUCGAAAGAGCGACGUAGGACUUUCGGGGUAAUCGUAAUUUUAAGACGAACGUAUAAACCGCGUAAUCGCGCGAAUCGCUAACCAUCUAAUUGGUGCAAUCUUCAUUUUUCGCACGAGAUGCUCCCGAUAUCGCUAGGAGAAAUCGUGCGGAUACUUGAACGAGAAACGUAAGAUUCUUUCUCUUUUUUUUUUUUAGAAGAAAGAAAGAUCAACGUAGCUUUGUUAUUAUUAUACACUUAGAAUUCUCCUACGGCACGUAUUCGUGUAAUCGUUACUUCAACUACAACGUUAAAGGGUUAAAUAUAAAUCUCGGCGUUCCAAAAAGUGACAUUAUUCGGUCGAUGCGACUAGAAUUCACCAGGACAAUCAAUCAUGGGAACUGCGUUGCCGAGGGAUCUCUCGCGGAAGUAGGAAACGAACGGUGGAAUAAAUAAAAAUAAAAAAAAAAAAAAGAACAGUCGACAGCAAUUGUUUCCAGUUCGAAACCUGAAUUCCGAACAAUCUAUAUAAUUUCACCGUAGUUUGAUUCGCGUGCGCGUUAGAAGGUGGGGAUAAAAGUUGCUCAACGUAGAUACUUAAACGUGGUACAUGCUUCUUCGUUAAAAGUCGCCCUUACGCGCGAAACGAGCACCCGAUAUUAUAGGCAUUAAUUUUGGAUCGAUCAAGUAGCCAUUAAGAUCUCCGUUCUAGAUGGGAAUCCGAGCGCCUCGUCUACAUUAAUCCGCGAAUUUAUUCAUGUAGUAACAGAUAAUCCGAAACACGCAGAUAAAGCUGAGAGAUCUAGGCGCGCCCUAACAAUUAAAUCGUAAGUUAUUAUCGGAACGAAAGUUAUUAUUUAUUAUUCACCUGCUUGAACGGAAGAGCAUAGAUCGGAACGCGUUUUUAACAGAGUUUCCGGAAACUUAGUAUUUUUUUUUUUUUCAGUCAGCGAAUUUGCUAAUUUGAGGCUAACAGGACUGUACAUGCGUACGUUUACUGCUCACGAUUAUUAAUUUAUUUUAGGUGAAAGAUUUAGAGAAAUCGGCUUUAUAGUGAGUGAGUUACAAUAGAAACGCCCGAGAAAUAUUUCCUGACGAUGAAUGUGCAAGUUAGCUCUCAAGAAGGAGUCCGAUUUGAGCGAGGCAAUAGAAAGUCCCAUUGGUUUCAGCUUGUAUUGUGCCUAGUUUUUAUACCGUGUUCGUCGCAUGCACAAUUUAAUGAUAUAGUGAGGCGUGAAUCUCAAUUGUGAUGCGUGCGUCGUGCACCCAUCGCAUAUUAUGCGCGCAGAUGCGUGUGGCGUGUGUCUUUCGGCGUCCUUAGAUAGGUAAAAUGUACGUAAGCAUAUUAGGUACUGAUUAACAAGAUAGAAAGUGAGAAACACUUGUACUGAUUGUUAGCGCAUUGUGUGUUCCAGAGGUAACGAUUGCAGUUACAAAUCGAUUUACAAAACGUGUAUUCUCAGAGACGCAGCCCUUUCCACGAUGAUUGUGUAUCUCAAAUUUGCAAAUGGCCACAUUUUACAGUUUUUAUUUUAUAUAAGACUGUUGAUAUUUGUUCGUUAUUUAGUAUUUUUAGAUUUUUAGG